CCUACCUUGCCAACGAGAUACCUUACUAUUUAGCAACAUUAAUUUGCUGAACUGCCAAGCCUCGCCAGCAGCUGCAGCGCCAUCAUGGCAGAUGAUGAAGGCGCUUUGCUGCUGGGGAUCGACCUCAAUUCCUUGGAUGUCGAUUCGCUAUUGGGACCGUUGGGAAGGGGCUCCAAAGCUGGACUUGGUUUCCGGCAAAGACCUCCGCGUGUCGGAGUCGAAGGGACAAGGGCAGAUGAAGUGAUCUCCGCUCAAAAGAAAGCAUUGGAGCAGCCUGCUCCACAUCGUGCUCUAAAGGCGAAGGCCGCCAAUUGCCUGGCCCACGGACCAGCACUAGUAGGAGGGAAAUGCGGAGAGCGCCUUCAAUUCACAGUUACAACAAUCUCGGAGAAUGGUGAUGUCAUGAAAGAGGGAGGUGCAUCCGUCACGUGCAUGGUGACUGGUACAAGUCUCAUGUCCAAAACCCAGCCUGAGCCGCGUCCUUUUGUGGAAGAUAUGCAGGAUGGCACUUACAAUAUUCAAUUCGUCUGCGCCACACCCGGCAGCUACGAGAUCAAUGCAUUGGUGGACGGAAACAAACUGCCAAUGUGUCCCAUCAUUGUGCACAUUUCGCCAGGGCCACCCAGUGCAACUACGACCCAGGUCAGAGGCGAAGGUGUACAACGCUGCACACUGGGCGGUUCUGCAGAAUUCACCAUUCAAGCUAUGGAUGAAUUUGGGAACCUUUGUGGAGAAGGAGGAGCACGUUUCGGGGUUCGAGCGAGUGCUCAUGUGCGGCUACAUGAGGUCAGUGACAACGAGGAUGGUACCUACACCGUUACAUACUCUGUGCCAGACUGGGCUCAAGGCCUCAUGAAGCUUGAGGUCUUGCUGGACGGGCAUCCCAUUCGAGGAUCCCCACUGACGCCACGCAUCAUAGGUUACGCACCUGAGAAAGUCAAUGCAGAGGGCAAGGGGAAAGGCAAAGGACGAAUCCAGAAAGGAGCAGGGGGCACUUUCACCGAUCAACUCCCGUCUUUGAGAUGGCUACGAGAGAAUCCACCUUUGUCUGUACCAGAUCUGCCACCUCCAGAUGUGACGACAGUGGCAUUGACUGGAGGCUCUCGAGAUCGCACAGAUCCAUCAGAGGCCUCCUCUCGCCUUGCUUGGUCUGCCGCUGAUGAGUGGCGGCGACUUGCCGAAGUCCGAAGUGAGCUGGAGAGGUGCCGUGAUCAGCUGGCUGAACACCAGGCAGUGCUGCUGCACGUGGGUGAUGCCAUUCACUCAGAAGUUGACCGUCUGCAGGACUGGGAGAGGAGUAUUCGAGUGCGGGAAGAUGAACUAGGUGAUGUCGAAAAGCAGCUGGAAGGAAUGCGGUCUGAGAUACAGAAGCAAUAUUUGACGCAAAAGCGGCUUUUGGAAACCAUGGUGGGCAAGGAUGAAGUUGCCAAGGCGCCAGCUGCAGGAACGCUCAAGGGGGCAUCUCGUCCAGUCAGAGCAUCAAGCCCAAGCAAAGCUGUGGCUGGAGACACUGGCACCACAGGCGAAGACGGUCAAGCUGUAUCUUCACACCGGCCUGACAAGGAGGAGAAGAGUUCUGCCAAAGGCACACCUCUCAAAAAUGGGAACUCUCAGGCAAGUGCAGAAGAAGAGCUGAUUGCUUUGCAGAGGGGCAUUGAGCAGAAGAAAUUCACAACCUACAGUUUCUCCUUUACCAGCGCAAGUGACAUACUCUUGCACCCCCAGACAAAGACAAACACUGAUUCUAGGCGCCAACUUCGGGUGUUGGAAGAGGAAGCUGGAAAUGCAGCCAGGCCGCUGUUUGUGUCAACCAGCGGUGGAGGGUUGAGAGGCACUUCUCCAAGAGAAAAGCCGCUACACCCCAUGUUGGAGGGACGCCUCCUUUCAGAGAUGGCGCCGCCACCUGUACCACCACCGCUAGAUGCUGCUCCGCCCCCAGACUUUGGAGAUGGGAGGCCACGCAGUGCCAGGCCUUAUGGAGAUGCUACGGAGGCAACGUUCGGCUUUGGCGAAGCAUUUGACGACACUGCAGGUAGAAGCCCGCGUGGAGGUGGAGGGCUGCUUCGUGCGCCACCACCACCACCAGCACCACCUCCAAGUAUCGCAGGUGGUCCGUCUCCUACAAGAGGAACAUCGUGGCCAGGUGAUAUCGGACUAUCCAACUCAUCCUAUGCUGGUUCUGCUGGAACAGCAUCGCCGGAAGAGCUUGGACAGGCCAUGAAGCAGCUGUUCCAUUCUUUCGCAAGUCGUGCCGCUGGAUCCGUGGCCAAACCUGGUGGUGGUCGCUCCGGACGUGUGGCACUGGGCAUGCAGGACUACUUUCGCCUGGCCCAAGCUUCGCAACUCCGCCUCUCACAAAGCGAGUUAGAGGCAGUGUUCCGAGAAACUGCUGAGCGAUUUGGCAGCCCUGCAGACUCUGGAGAACCAGCCUUGGCCUUUGAGCUUUUCGUGGAGCUCCUGGUGGAGACUGGGCGCAGGCAGUUUGUUGACCGCAAGGACACAGAGUCUGCUGCAGCUCUUUUUGAGGUACAUCUACUGCCCUUGGCGCGCAGAUUGCGAACCCAACCAGCUUAAAGAGAAUGUUUG